AUGAUUGCCCUGGAUUUGCCGCAUCCAGUGGUAAAUGUGAAGGGCAGGGAGGUAUCCAUAAUGUUACCCGGGGAUCUGGAAGGGAUUGAGUCCAUAUAUUUUCAAGCCGAGUUGGUUGACAAAGAGUGCGAUAACAAUGCAUAUUCGUUCGCAAAUGAGAGCCCAUGGAGUGCAAAGAUUGAGUUACAAAGUACCAUUGAGCCCAAUGCCAAACUAAGAAUUCAAACUGUGGUGGAGAGAAAAAAUAGGAUUGCAACUCAGUUUUCGGAGUAUAAAAUCAACGAUAAUGGAAUUGGCCAGUUACUUGAUGGGUCUAGAUUAACCUCAAGUACUGACCUCAUAGAAAUGGCCGCCAAAUGCAAGCCUGCUAAGAUAAAUUCUUCAGAAACGUUAUCAGAAUGUUCUCAUAGAAGUGGAUUCUCCAGCGGGGACUUGCUCUUCGAAGACAACUUUGAGAACGAUCAGAAGCUCACGGAUAACUGGAUACACGAGGUUAGGUAUCGCAAUACUGGCGGGAAAAACCAGGAAUUUGUUUCCUUUGUGGACGAUCCUGACAAUUCGAAUAUAACCAACAACAAUUUGCACAUAUCAAUCACCAAAGAUGAGCGCAGUAAGAUUCUUCUGGGCUGCACCAGCAAAAAGGAGGGUCUGGCCAAAAGAAAAGAGUGUGGUAGGGGGUCAAGAAGAUCGAAACGGGAGCCUUGGGUCUCCAAGACAUUCAGAUCCUCCAAUAUGCACACGGACUUCACCUUUAAAUAUGGGCGAGUUGAGAUCAGAGCUAAAAUGCCCAAGGGCGAUUGGUUAUUUCCAAACAUUCUUCUGGUGCCCAAUAUGGAUAAGUCUGAUGAUGAUUUUUUCGAUCAUAUUCGCUUGUACGCCAGGGGCAAUUAUGUUCUGCAGGACAAACACCAGUCUGCCCUCGACGGAAGUUCUCUUCAGGAAUGA